UUUCGGAAGCAGGCAGAAGUUGAACGAACAUCAUCGCGUCGGUAACAUGUACAUGUUCUGUUCUUCGUCUUUCGUGAAAAUUGUUUUUGUUCGAUAGUUUAUUCCUUUUCGUUUCGUUGUGGUUGCGCUUACGCCGUUUUUUUUUUUAUGUUCUUAUGUCAACAUAAAAUAAAGAAAAUGGAAUUCCUAUAUUUCUGACCCCUCAAAACAAAUUUAUAAGCAUGAAGUGACAUUUUUAAAUUAAAAAAUAACCAUAUACUUCCAUGAAAAAACCCUUUAUUCAAUAAUUUUCUAAUAUAAUUAUUUUGUAUAAGCGUUCUUCUUUUGUUUCUGUGCAUUGAUUGGACGUUUGGCCGGUAAAAGGAUAGGAAUAAAAAAGGGGAACAAAAAACUGGAUACUCACCCCUUCCACGAUUUCACAAGAAAACAAAGAAAAAAUUAUAUUUGUUUCGGGUUUUAUAUUCAUAUAAAAUAAUUUUUUUUUUGUACUGCAUUACUUUUGUUUUGGCUUUUGCCAUAAGAUAAUAAUAAUUGUCUUUAAAUUAUCAUUUAAAAUAAUAUUGUUGUAGAAUAUAAAUAUGCGUCAACGAUGUAGUUGUUCGCCUCCGUCCAAUUCCAAAAUGAAAUGUGUAAAAAUAAAUUUUCCAUUAUCGAACAUUUUUUGUUUCAAUGUGAAAAGAAAUGUCGUUCUUGUGAUUCUUGCUUUGUUACAAUAUCAGGUGAGUUCUGUGUCGGGCAGUGAUGAUGACAAAUAUAGUCCCGAUGUGUCCAGAAGAUAUGAUCGAGUGCGUCACGAACAUCUUCAACAACAACAACAAAGUCCACCGCUUGCACCCGAACAAGUCCUAGCAAUGCAUCGUCGAAAGAACUUAAAUGCCAGCUUUGGAGGAGAAGUGCAGUCUCAAACAAGCCAAAGUGGUUUGAGUGGAGAGAAAAAAAUCUGUCUCCCUUCGUAUUUUACUUGUAACGAUGGUAAUUGUAUACCGAUGAGAUGGAAAUGUGAUUCGAAAUACGAUUGCUUUGAUAGAUCUGAUGAACCUCCUGAGUGUGCCAAUGCAACUAAAUGUAAUGAGGGCCAAUUCUCUUGUACGAAGUCACAUAAAUGCAUUCCAAACAAUUGGAUGUGCGAUGGGGAAUACGACUGUGGUGAAGGCGAUAUCUCAGAUGAAAGCAAUUGUCAUAAUGCCAUUCCAAAGUGUCACUCUUACCAGAGUGAAUGUAAAAAUGGGGUUUGUUUAGACAUUUCCAAGUUCUGUGAUGGACACUGGGAUUGUGAUAGUGAUGAAUACAACUGUGAGACUGAAGAGAAACUCUGCAGUGCAAUGAAUUGUUCAUUUAAUUGCAAGCUUACAAUAAAUGGACCAAAAUGUUUUUGUCCUCCUGGCCAGGAACCUAUAGGUACACAAUGCAAGGACUUUGACGAGUGUUUAAUAGAAGGAGCAUGUGACCAGAAGUGCCGAAACACACCUGGUUCAUAUGAAUGCAUUUGUGUGUCUGGAUACAUGAGAAAGAAAAACCGUUGUAUUGGUAUUAAUGUACCUCAAAACGAGAACGCAUCAUUGGUAUUUGUUACACAACACGAUAUACAGCGAGUUUCAACAACAGGAGAGUCUCUGGGAAGAUAUCUCAGUUCGGAUGUAUCUGCAAUUGAAAUUUGGCAUCGAAAUCGUACCCUUUGUGCAAUGUAUUCAACAGCGUGGACAGAAAUUUCUAUGCGGUGUCAUAAGAUUGAUAAUUUGACAGAUAAUUGGUUAAUGCCAAUGCCAAAAAUUAUAACGAGUACGAACAUUAUUGACAAAAUAAGCCUGGAUUGGAUCUCAGGAAAUUGGUAUUUUCUCAGCAAUGAACCUGGAUUGAUAUUUAUGUGCACAAACAAUAUGCAGUACUGCAACGUUAUUUUAAAAAGUGUACAAAAGCCUGCAUCAAUGGUAUUGGAUCCAACAAAAGGACUAAUAUUUUAUGCAGAUUGGAGUCCUAGCCUUAGUCGUGCUAAUUUAGAUGGCACAAAUCAAACUGUGAUAGUGUCUGCGGCAAUGUAUUAUCCCAACCGGGUAACUCUUGAUUUAGCAAACGAACAUGUCUAUUGGAUUGACAUUUAUAAAGAUUUCAUUGAACGAGUUGAUUAUAAUGGAAACAAUCGAUGGGCAAUGAAAAAAACUUCUGAUACUUUAAUAGCCUUGAAAUCUAUUCAUGCAGUAGAAAUUUUUGAAGAUACUGUAUACAUUGCUCCUUGGGCUGAUAAUUUUAUAGUAUCAAUGAACAAGUUUACACUAAAAGCCGAACAAAUAGUACAAGAUGUAAAAAAGCCUUACGAUUUUAGAAUAUUUCAUCGACAGAAACAGCCUGAAGUUGCACAUCCAUGUCGUGAAAACAACGGCAAUUGUAGUCAAAUAUGUGUUCCUCUUUGGAAGAAAAUGUUUGCGACGGUACAAUGUAUGUGCUCCCCUGGAUAUAAACUAGUAAACAAAACCCAAUGUAUUCAUGUGCAUUAUAAAAAUAUGUUAUUGUACACUCAAAAACGAUUGUCCUGCAUCUCAGCGAUUUCCCUCAAUUCUGAAGACAUUAUACAAGGUAUUGAAAAUGUACACGAUGCAAUGGUACCAAUGUAUAAUGUCAGCUGGUCAGUUGGCCUCGAUGUCAAUGUACGUGAAAAACUAGUUUACUUUAUACAGGCUAAUCCAAAUAGAUAUUCAAUCCAUAGCCAAAAAAUCGAUGGAAGUGCGAGAGAACUUCUGAUACAAGGUCCUGGAAGUGUUCCCGUGAUUGCGUAUGAUGAGAUCUAUAAUCAUCUGUAUUGGGGUGGAACUAAUCAAUUGACUGUAGCACCAAUUUCAAACCUUAGCCAGUCAAUAACAAUAUCAACUGAAAGAGAACCAAUGUCCAUUGCUAUAAGUCCCAGUGAAGGAUAUAUUUAUUGGUCACAUUGGCUUUUUGGUGACGUUGCGGGUUCCAUAAGAAGAUCCUGGUUAGACGGUAGUCAUAAAGUUGUUUUGGUUAUGUCUACAAAAAAUAUGCCUAUGAAAUGGCCGCUGAGCUUAACAAUAGAUAAUAAAGGAAAGAAGCUUUAUUGGUGUGAUGUUAAAGAAAACACUAUAGAGCAAUCAAAUUUAGAUGGAUCUUCACGAACUGUACUGUUUCGUCAUGAGCAUUAUCACCCAAUAUCAAUUGCCUUUCAUAAUGGGUUUGUCUUUUGGGUUGACAAUCAAAAUGGUAGCAUAAGGCGAUUCAAUGUUCGUCAGUCGAAUAAGGUAGAGACAGGGGCCAAUAUCUUAACGGAGGUAUACGCUCUUGUUCGUGGUCACACAACAAAUUUAAAGGUUUUUGAAGAAGCGGAUGGACCGAUUGAGCCCAACAAGUGUGCUAUUAUGAAAUGCCCCGGAAUGUGUUUAAACACGCCAAAAGGGCCAGUAUGUACUUGUGCUGAUGGAUUUUCUUUAAACGGCACUGGAACACAAUGCAUACCAAAAAUAGAUACUGAUGACGAUGAUAUAUUUGCUAAAAACUGUACCGGGUUUAUCUGUAAACGAACAAAGGAAUGCAUCAAUUACAAGGAUUUAUGCGAUGGUUUCGAUGACUGCGUGGAUGGGAGUGACGAGGAUUAUAGUGAAAACGGUCAAUGUCAUGCCAAAAACUGCGAUUUAAAUACGCAUUUUGUUUGUGACAAAGUGCGCUGCUUCCAGAGAUCAUUGUUAUGUAGUUCCAUUGCUUAUUGUAUGGACGGAAGUGACCAUAUGAAUUGUGAAACAAAGUCUUGUAGCAGCACAGAGUUUAGAUGUGAAAAGAGUGGAAAGUGCAUACCAGAAACGUGGGUAAGAGAUGGUGUCUGGGAUUGUGGAUUAGGUGACAGGUCCGAUGAAAGUGUUUUAGAAAUGGAUAUGUGCCUUGAAUUCGAAUGUGAUAAUAGACAUUGUAUUCCAUUCACUGAGCACUGCGAUGGAGUAGAUCAUUGUGGUGACAAUUCAGAUGAAGCUGGAUGCGAUACGGAUUGUGGACCAGGUGAAAGAUAUUGUGCUCCAAUAGGGUGUUACAGUGAACGAAUGCUUUGCGAUGGAGUUCAUGAUUGUUUGGACUACAGUGAUGAAGCUAAUUGUACUGAAACUAAGAGUGACAAUCACGAAGAGGAUCUAGGAGUGGCACAUAUGUGUGGUCAACAUGAAUUCAGGUGUGGCAACCCUUUUGAAUGUAUUCCACAUGUAUUCCGAUGUGAUGGAAUAGCCCACUGCUAUGAUAAAACGGACGAAGAAAACUGCACUCAAAUAGUCCCUUAUGGUGAGUUUAACGAAACCGUUUCUUGUGAUUCUCCAGAUCGUUAUUGUGCUGUGUCAAAUAAGUGUAUAACUGUUCAUCAACUUUGCGACGGAGUUAUAAAUUGUGAAGAUGGUACCGAUGAAGGUUUUAGGUGUAUGGAGAAAAUGUGUGAAAAGAGCAAUGCUUGUUCACAUUAUUGCCAUAAUGCUCCUGAAGGGUUUGUUUGUUCUUGUCCAGCGCAUAUGUAUCUCCAACCGAAUGGAUUACGUUGUAGUAUGGAUCAUUCUUGUGAACACUGGGAUACUUGCUCACAGAUAUGCGAAAAAUCGGGGAAAACUUACGAAUGUAAGUGCCAUGAGGGGUACAGCUUGCAAUAUGAUAUGUUCACUUGUAAAAGUGUAGCUCCUGAUGAGCCAUACGUCAUAUUUAGUAAUAGACAGGAAAUACGAGGAGUAAACCUUAAGACUUCCGUUGUGAGUAACUUUUAUACAUCGUUGAGAAACACUAUUGCGCUCGACUUUUUAUAUCGCAACGAUUCAGUAGAGAUAUUUUGGACAGAUGUAAUGGAUGAUAAAAUUUAUAGAGGUCACCUUGUUGGCGAGUCACUGAGAAAGGUUGAAGCUGUUGUAAGAUCGGGCUUAUCGACUACUGAAGGACUUGCUGUUGACUGGAUUGGUCUUAAUUUGUAUUGGAUAGAUAGUAAUCUGGAUCAGAUAGAAGUGGCUCUUCUAAAUGGUAGCUUCAGGCGAACACUCGUCGCAGGAGAUAUGGAAAGUCCGCGGGCAAUUGCCCUUGAUCCUCGAGAAGGGCUUCUUUUCUGGACUGAUUGGGAUGAUAAUUUUCCCCGCAUAGAACGAUGUUCUAUGGCUGGAGAGUUUCGUAGAACAAUUACUCAAACAAACCAAGUUAUUUCUGCUUGGCCGAACGGAUUGACUUUGGACUAUACGCAAAAGCGUGUUUACUGGGUCGACGCUAAAGCGGAUGCUAUAUAUACGACGAAAUAUGAUGGAACUGAUCACCAUCUAGUUGUUCGCGACAAAGAGAUUUUAUCGCACCCAUUCGCUAUUUCAGUUUUUGAAAACUACGUUUAUUGGACUGAUUGGCGUACGACAUCAGUAAUCAGAGCAAACAAAUGGAAUGGGUCAGACAUUCAAGUGAUUCAGAGAACUCUGUCACAACCUUUUGGGAUACAAGUUCUUCAUUCAAGUAGACAACCACAAGAUGAAAACCCUUGCGGUAUUAACAAUGGAGGUUGCUCACAUUUGUGCCUGUUAAGUGUAAAAAAGACUUAUAAAUGCGAAUGCCCACAUGUAAUGCGGCUUGAUUUGACUGACCAUAAGACUUGUGUGCCGAAUGAACAGGUUUUGUUGUUCAUAAUGGGAAAUGAGAUUCGGGGAAUUGAUUUAAUGCAGCCAAAUCAUCAUACAAUUCCAACCAUAAGACAAUCACCGCAGGUUAUCGGACCCCAGAGAAUUGACUUUACUGUAGAUGACAGUCGCAUAUAUUGGACCGAUGUACAACUGAACGAAAUAAAAACUGCUGGAUUAUCUAAUGGCCUCAUUGACACAAUUUUGAAUACUGACCUUUUCAAGCCUUAUGGUUUUGCUAUUGAUUGGAUAUCAAGAAACAUGUUCUUUUCAUCUGGAAAACAAAAAUGUCAAAUUUUUGCAUGCAAUCUAAAAGGGGAAUAUUUUACGGAAAUUCACAAGAACUUGAAUGUUGUCGAAAGCAUUGCUCUUGAUCCCGCAGAAGGUAAAUUGUUUUGGUCGCACUCAUCUCGUGAAGACAAUCUGACGAAAAUUGAAAUCAGCAAUAUGGAUGGAUCUGGGCGACGUGAACUUGCAGUCAUGACUCAGCUUGUUCAAAGUUUAACGUUUGACUUUGAUUCCCGGAGGCUGUAUUUCGUUUACCAAGGGUCUGGUAUUUCUUACUAUGAUAUGAAAACCCACAACAUAGUUUAUGUCCUGGCAGCAAGUGAAGUUAUGACUAUCAGCAGCGUUACAGUUUACAAUGAUACUUUAUAUUUCCCGGAAAAUAUCCAAAGUGUCAUAAUGAGUUGUGAAAAAAACUCUUGCACUAACUUCACAAUCUUGAGAAAAAACACCAAAAGCAUUCAAGCUAUGAAGAUGUUCUAUAAUGAGGCUCAGCAGGGAACCAAUUCAUGCGCGGGUGGCCGACGUGGCGGAUGUGAGCAUCUCUGUCUAUCAAAACGAAACGAUGAACACACUUGUAAAUGUGCUAUUGGAUUUACUCAGGAUGCAAAUAAUCCGACAAAUUGCGUAGGAAUACCUGAGUUCCUAUUUUACUCUAACCAUGAACUGAAAGGUAUAGAAUUGUCUAAUGACGGGAACGACCAACAGAAUUUAGAGGAAAAAAGGGCACUUGGUUCCAUAUCUCGUAUCACGCUAGCAACCUUCAUUGAUUACUAUGCUGCUGGAGAUUAUCUCUAUUGGGCUGAUAGUGAAAAAGGCAUUAUUUCGCGAAUCAAACGUGAUGGUACACAGCGUGAAGUGAUUCUAGAACAAAUCGAACAAACUGGCGACCAAAGUAAUCAAGACUGGUUAGGUGGAUUUGCUAUUGAUUGGGUUGCAGGAAAUAUCUACUGGAGUGACACUAAGCGAAAUAUAAUAGAAGUGGCUCGUUUGAAUGGAUCUUCUAGACAUGUUGUAAUUUCGAGUGUUGAAAAUCCAUCAGCCUUGGCUGUAGACCCAGUUCAAGGAUUUUUAUUUUAUGUAGGAGAGGGAAUGAUUGGUAGAACCGGGCUUGAUGGUAGCCAACCUUUCGUUCUCGUAAACCAGACCAAAACGGUUAGCAAUUUAGUUCUAGAUAUUGAUGCCACAAAAGUUUAUUGGUGUGAACCAGGCAAUGAUGUAAUAAUGAAAGUUGAUUACGACGGAAAUUUGAAAACCCAACUACUAAAUCACAGUUUGAAUAGUCCGGUCGCUUUGGGACUGAUAGAUGAUUAUAUAUAUUGGGCUGAUAAUAAUCAUAAUAAGGGAAGCAUUAAAAGGGCGUCAUUACAGAAUCUUUCCAAUUUUACUGAAGUUCUCAAAUCCGAGGGAAAUACUCUUAAAGAUUUAAAAAUCUUUUCAAAAAGAGUUCAAAAAGGAACAAAUCUUUGCGCUCAUGACAAUGGAGGAUGCCAGGAGUUAUGUCUUUUUAAUGGCACCAACGCAAUAUGUGGCUGUUCUCAUAGUCGAGUUGCUUCUGAUGGAUUAAGUUGUGAGCCAUAUGAUAAAUUUUUACUUUUCUCAUAUCGUAGCUCGAUUGAAAGCAUCCACAUGACGGAACAUCUCAACAAAAAUGGUCCAAUCGAAAAAAUCAUGAAUGCAACAUACAUGCGAAAUGUAAUAGCCCUUUCCUAUGAUUACGAAAACGACAAAGUUUUCUAUUCGGAUGUGCAUAUGAGUACUAUCAAUUCAGUGCAUUUUAACGGGUCAAAGAACUCAGUCCUGGUCAACCGCCAAGGUAGAGUGGAAGGAUUAACAUUUGACGUUGUUAAUCGUCAACUUUUUUGGACAUCAAACAAUGAUGCUUCUAUAAGAAGUUUGGAUCUUUCGGAAGCCAACGAUAAUCCUGAUAGUAAUAUUCAACUAGUAAAAACAAUACUUAAACUUAUGUCUCAUGACAAACCUCGGGGUAUUGCUGUAGAGCCGUGUAUGGGCAUGAUAUACUGGACAAAUUGGAACGAACAGACGCCGUCAGUCCAAAGAGCUUAUGUUACAGGAUUCGGAGUUGAAUCGAUAAUCAAGAGUGAUAUAUUAAUGCCAAACGCUCUCACUCUGGAUUUUGAGGAACAAAAAUUGUACUGGGCAGAUGCUAGACUUGACAAAAUUGAAAGAGCUGACUAUGAUGGAUCACAUCGAGUGGUAUUGGCUCAUUCUACACCAAAACAUGCGUUUUCCAUGACAGUCUAUGGAGAUCUGUUGUUUUGGACCGAUUGGGUCUUACACGCAGUUGUGCGAGCGAAUAAAUACUCUGGAUCUGAUGUUGUGUUUCUCCGUGAGGAUAUAACUCGACCUAUGGGGAUCAUUGCCGUGCAGAAUACUACCAUGAAUUGUGAUUCCAAUCAAUGCAAAAUUCUCAACGGCGGAUGCGAGGACGUUUGUAUAUUAAGAAAAAAUGGAACUGCAAGUUGUCAAUGUACUCGUGGUGUGUUAGCUUCUGAUGGAAGACGGUGUAUUCAAGCCCUAAACCCAGAUUGCACUAGUGAACAAUUCACGUGCAAGUCUGGAGAGUGCAUUCCUUUUGAAAUGACUUGUGAUAACAUUCCACACUGCCUUGAUGGAUCGGAUGAAGUUCGUAGUUAUUGCAUAAUUCGUGAGUGUCCGCCUGAUUUCUUUAUGUGCCAAAAUCAUCGUUGCAUUCCCCAUAAUCAAACCUGUGAUGGCGAGCAGCAGUGUGGGGAUGGAUCUGAUGAAUCUGAACUGUUAUGUAAAUGCGAUGUCGACCACUUCCAUUGUGAUAGUGGUGAGUGCAUAUCAAUGCAAUUUCGAUGUGAUAGAUUAAGAGAUUGCAAAGAUUUUAGUGAUGAAAAACACUGUCCACCACACGAAUGCUUACAAGGGGAUAUAAAUUUCACCCAUUGUGCUGACUCGACCGCGUGUUAUAUGCCCCAAUGGCGUUGUGAUGGUGAUCGUGAUUGUCCUGAUGGAAGCGAUGAAGCAAAUUGUCAUAACAUAACCAGGUUGGGGUGUGCAGCGCGUCAAUUUCAAUGCUCUAAUGGGCGGUGUAUUAAUGAAAAGUGGAGAUGUGAUAACGAGAAUGAUUGUAAUGAUGGAAAUCCCAGCUCUGAUGAGCUAAACUGUCCAUUACAGUGCAAGUUAAACCAGUUCCAGUGCGACGAUGGCUGCAUUCCAAGCAGCUGGCAGUGCGAUAAUAAAACUGAUUGUGCUGAUGGCUCAGAUGAAGGCCCGCAGUGCCCUCAUCGAGAGUGUCCAGCAACGAAAUUUCGUUGUACUCUCUCGGGAAGAUGUAUAUCUCAGAGGUGGGUGUGCGAUGGUGAACCGGAUUGUCCAGCUCCUGGGCUAGAAGAUGAGGGAGAACAUUGUGGCCUAAUAUCUGUCUUGCAUAUAAAUGCGUGCCCACCUCCAAUGUUCCUAUGUUCGAAUGGUCAAUGCCUGGAGAGGCAGUACGUUUGUGAUGGAGAUCAAGAUUGUCCUGGUGGUGAAGAUGAAUACGAGGACUGCCCGCAUAAUACUUGGGAAACAUCACUUUGUGGGGCAGAUGAAUUUUCGUGCGCAUCGAAUGCGUUGUGUAUACCAAAAAACUCGACUUGUGACUCAAAAGCAGACUGUGAUGAUAUGUCCGAUGAGGAUGUUACAUUUUGCGCUAAUUCCAGUCGUUUGUGUAACGGUCCUGAUCAGUUUAGAUGUAAAAAUGGAGCUUGUGUGAGUGGGAGUGCCCUAUGCGAUGGCGCGAAUGAUUGCAUGGAUUUCAGUGAUGAGGAACGUUGUGGAAUCAAUGAAUGUAAGAUUCCUGAUAUUUGCGAACAUGAUUGUGUCGAUAUGCCAAUCGGUUAUAUGUGUAAAUGUCGCGCUGGGUAUAAGGUGCAUCAUUUAAAUCACCAAUUAUGUGACGAUAUAGAUGAAUGUUCUGAACAGAGACCAUGCAGUCAAAUUUGUGUGAAUACUUAUGGGUCUUACAAGUGUCUGUGCAGCCAAGGCUAUGAAUUGAAAGAUCGACACACUUGUAAGGCUACAAGUAAUGAGACAAUGAAGCUUAUAUUUUCCAAUAGAUAUUAUAUUCGACAAGCCGAUACGAAUGGAAAUGUAACAAUUUUGGUUCAUCAACUGUCAAAUGCUGUGGCCCUGGACUUUGAUUGGGAAACAAAAUGUCUGUUUUGGUCAGAUGUUACAUCGACUGUGGGAAUGAUUAAGAGAUAUUGUCCAGGAGAUAAUAAGACAAUCACUUUGCAUCAGGCAAUGCUAAAAAAUCCGGAUGGUUUGGCAGUUGAUUGGAUCGGUAAAAAUCUAUAUUGGUGUGAUAAGGGUUUGGACACCAUAGAAGUGUCGCAGUUGGAUGGCAAAUUUCGUAGAGUUCUAAUUAAUAAGAAUCUUAGUGAACCUCGUGCUAUAGCAUUGGAUCCUUUUAAUAGAAAUAUAUUCUGGUCAGACUGGGGUGAUAGUCCGCACAUUGGAAAGGCUGGAAUGGACGGAUCUAAUAGUCGCGUUAUAAUCCACGAUAAUCUAGGAUGGCCAAAUGCCCUUACAAUAAGUUUUGAAACAAAUGAACUUUUUUGGGGCGAUGCACGGGAAGAUUUUAUCGCUGUGAGUGAUUUGGAAGGAAAGAAUCAAAGACUUCUCUUGGGAAGGAGUAUGAAUCCUUCGCUCAAGCUGCAUCACAUAUUUGCAAUAGCGGUUUGGGAAGAUCGCAUAUAUUGGUCUGAUUGGGAAACAAAAUCAAUUGAAUAUUGUAAUAAAUACGAUGGCAAGAAUUGUUCCACUUUGAUAACAACUAUUCAUAGACCAAUGGAUCUAAGGGUAUACCACCCCUAUCGUCAAAUGGCACCUAAAUCAGGAAAUCCAUGUGAAUCAGCUGGCUGUUCGACGCUAUGCUUACUUUCUCCAAUAUUUCCCUACUAUAAGUGUGCUUGUCCAAAUAAUUUUGUUCUUGCGGAAGAUGGGAAAUCCUGCAAUGCGAAUUGUACGGCUGCUCAUUUUCAAUGCGUGAACACCUAUAAGUGUAUUCCGUUCUAUUGGAAAUGUGAUACUCAAGACGAUUGUGGAGAUGGAAGUGAUGAACCAGAGUCUUGUCCUGUGUUCCACUGCGAACCUGGACAGUAUCAAUGCUUCAAUAACAAAUGUAUUCAUCCGUCAGCGAUCUGCGAUGGUCAGAAUCAAUGCGGUGAUAGUUCGGACGAAAGAAACUGCGACAAGUUUACGUGCUUUGAAAAUCAUAUAAAAUGCGAACAAUGGGGAAAUAGUUCGGCGUUUUGUAUUGAUCAAGUAAAGAAAUGCGAUGGGGUGAGAGAUUGUCCUGGGGGAGAAGACGAGGCUGGUUGUACACCAUUAGUUUGUAAGAAGGAUCAAUUUCAAUGCGGGAACAACCGUUGCAUGCCUUAUGUUUGGGUAUGCGAUGGGGAUAUGGACUGCCCAGACAAAUCUGAUGAAGUUAAUUGUGAUAGUAGUUCAUGUGCGUCGAGUGAUUUUGCUUGUGCUUCGGGUCGGUGUAUUCCAAUGACGUGGCGUUGUGAUGGAGAAGAAGAUUGUCCAAAUGGAGAAGAUGAACCUCCAACAUGUCAUUCUUCUAAAGAGACUUGUGAUCCAACGUACUUUAAGUGCAAUAAUUCAAAGUGCAUACCUGGAAGAUGGCGUUGUGAUUAUGAAAAUGAUUGCGGGGAUGGAAGUGAUGAGCUUAAUUGUGAGAUGAGGAACUGUUCGGAAAGUGAAUUCAGAUGCGGUACCGGGAAGUGUAUAAAACAUGAUCAGCGUUGUGAUGGGGAAAUUCAUUGUGACGAUAGCAGCGAUGAGAUCAAUUGCAAUAUCACCUGCAAGGAUAACCAGUUCAAAUGUGCAGCUUACAACACAUGCAUCAAUAAAAACUACCAAUGUGAUGGCGAUGAUGAUUGCCCUGAUGGAUCAGAUGAAGUAAACUGCACUUGUCCUCCGGAACAUUUUAACUGUGCAAAUGGCAAAUGUAUUAUGAGCCGUUGGAAAUGUGAUGGCUGGGAUGAUUGUACUGAUGGUUCUGAUGAGAGUUUAGAUACUUGUGCUGAAGUCCCUUGCCAUGUAAAUGCUUUUAAGUGUAAAAAUCGAAAAUGUAUAAGAAAAUCAGCACUAUGCGAUGGUGUCAACGAUUGCGGAGAUCGUGAAGAUGAAGCUCCCGAGAUUUGCGCUGCAUUGCCAAAAUGUAGACAUGAUCAAUUUCAAUGUCAAAAUGAUCAGUGCAUAUCGAAAAACUUCCGAUGUGAUGGUCAAUACAAUUGUAUCGAUGGAUCAGACGAAAUGAAUUGUCAGCCACCGGUGUGUGGAUUUGGAACUUGCUCACAGAUUUGUAUUGAAAAGAAGGCAGGACACUAUAAUUGCAAAUGCAAUGACGGGUACUCAAAAGGACCGAAAAAAAACGAUACUUGUAAAGCGUCCAGUCCAGAUCAGAUCCUUCUUUUGGCUUCCGAACAAGAAUUCCGUUUUAUUUUACCUGAAAAGCAAGAAGGUACCAUUGUCGUAGGUUUCUUCCAAACCAAAAGUCUGAAAAUAGAUGUUUUCGACAUCCUUAUUCGACCGAAGGAUACUCUACUAUUUUGGAUUGACUCGCAUCAUGGCAAAGUACAUACAAUGAAAAUUGCUACACCAUCUAGUGAUAUUAAACAUGAAUCAGCUCGAGUUAAACGCGAUCUUAAGGAACUGAUGGCGUUUGAUAUUCCUUCGUUAAAUGACCCGAAAUCACUUGCAGUUGAUUGGGUCACUCACAUGGUAUAUAUUAUUGAUUCUCGACUAAAUGAGAUAAUAGCUACUGAUAUUGAUGGAAAAAAAUACAUGCCGUUAGUAUCUACAGGAAUGAAUCCAACAGAUAUUGUUUUAGAACCUGAGUCACGUGUAAUGAUUUGGUCAACUUUAGAAAAUGGAAUUUUAAUUGCUUCACUUGAUGGAUCAAACAAGAAAAGCCUUGUUGAAAUCGAUGUUGGUUGGCCAAUUAGUUUGUCCAUUGACUAUCCAACUGGAAGGCUCUAUUGGGCUGAUUACCGGAAAGGUACCAUUGAGACUUGUCGAUUGAAUGGAAAGGAUCGGAACGUUGUGCGAAGAUUUUCAAAUAAAGAAAAACCACAAAAAAUCGAUGUUUUCGAGGAUUAUUUGUACAUUAAGUUAUACGAUCAAAGUAUUAUAAAGAUGAACAAAUUUGGUAACGAUAAUGGAACGUAUUUGCUAAAGGGCUAUCGAUCUUCGGAUAUUGGUAUACUUCAUCCACUUAAACAAAAUAAAAAUAUAACAAACCCAUGUGCAAAGGAACCAUGUAAAGCCAAGCGAGCACUUUGUGUUCUUUCAUCAGAAAGUAAUACUGGACAUGCGUGUCUUUGUUCAAGCGGAUUAGUAAUGGUGAAUAACGAAUGCAAACCGCACAUCGAAGUUCCCGAUUAUUGUCCGUUGAAAUGUAAUCUUGGUUCUUGCAAAGUUAUUGAUCAUGUUCCAAAAUGCAUCUGUCAACCCCAGUUCGAAGGAGAUCUCUGUGAACAUUAUCGAUGUUCUAGAUAUUGUAUGAAUGGAGGAUUAUGUACGGUUGCAGCAUUUCUUCCAAGCUCAGUCGAACCACCUCCUUUGAAGUGUCUUUGCCCCCCUGGGUGGACAGGAGCUAAAUGUGAGACAUCAGUUCCAGAAUGUCAGAGUCGUUGUCAUAACGGAGGAUCAUGUUUAAUUACUGAAGAAGGAAUGAAGUGCACAUGCCCCGAUAUGUUUGUCGGUGAGAAAUGUGAGCAUUGUGCUAAUUUAACAUGCGAGAAUAGAGGUAUUUGCCGAGAAACAGUAACGGGCACCUCACAGUGUGACUGUCCAGAUGGAUUUACCGGCAAAAGAUGUGAAACAAAUGUCUGCGAUGGUUUCUGUAAAAACAACGGAUCUUGCACAAUUGGUAACAAAGGAGGACCGCAGUGUGAAUGUGCACUUGGAUACUAUGGAGAACAAUGUGAAUCGCAUUCGUGCAUUAAUUAUUGCUUAAACAGUGGUACUUGCACAGACCAUGGACAACAACUGCUUUGUGCUUGUACAGAACGUUAUGGUGGGGAACGGUGCGAGACAGAUCUUUGUCAAACAGCUACUCCCCCAAGAUUUUGCGAUCAAUCUCUGGUACCAUCACGAACACCUUGUACAGGAAUAAUCUGUAAGAAUAAUGGUGUUUGCCAUGUCGUUAAAGGAAUGGCAAUGUGCAACUGUACAGGCGAAUUCAAUGGAAAUCUAUGUGAAAAAGCUAUUCAAUACGAAAAUCCUUGUCUAGGUUACUGUCGAAAUAAUGGAAUUUGUAAGCUAGACGCUUAUACAGUGCCAUACUGCACUUGCGUUGGCGAAUGGGAAGGUACUCACUGUGAUAAACCUCCAAAAUGUGUUAACUAUUGCGGAGUUUGCACGAAAGGCAGCUUCAUCAAUGAGUGCUUAUGCGCCGAUGAAACUAUAGCAGCGUGUUUAUCAAACAGUCCUGAUGCAUUAGGAGCAGCUCAAGAUGAUUCAGCACGCGUUUUAACAAUACUCAGUGUUUUAUUGGCGACAAUGAUUUUAUUGAUUGCCUUAUUUGUUGGUGCCAUAUUCUUUUUAAAAAAAAGAAAAAUAAGCCAACCAUUCUCGCAUGCGAGACUCACAGAUAACGUAGAAAUAACGAAUCCAAUGUAUAGAGGGGAUAUUGAUGAAGCGCCAGCAUUUGUAAACGAAGAUGACAAGGGAAACUUUGCCAAUCCAGUUUAUGAAUCGAUGUAUGCGGGCGCAAUUGCUGAACCCUCGGUAUCGGAGAACGUUAGUACAGCCCCAGACGAAAGGAAAGGGUUACUUCAGCAUUCACACGACGAUACUAACGCACAGGAUAUUCUUUGAUUAUUGAUUGACGUUUAGUAUACCUUAGUAUAAGCAACGUAGUCCUGGUCAAAAAACAUCACUUAUCUACGAAUCCUUCACGAAUAAAAAAAAUCGAAUUUAGUCUGUUUUAUGUUAAGUAUCUUCUUAAGAAUACAAAUAAAAAACACAGAACUUCA